AUGGCGCUGCAAUACCUCAAAGAAAUAGACGGAGACUUGGCCGAACGCGUCUCUGUUGUCAAGGACAUGGACCUUCGCUUGGUGCUGAUUGAUGCAACCAACGGGGUGGACAAAUUCUGCCAUCUUCAAGGGCUUCAGGAUUCGAGUUUGAGCCAUCCUGCUUUUUACUGUUUCUCCUGUUGGGGAGACACCGGCAGCAGAGGGAAGAAAGUGCAAACUAAUUUGCUGGGGCCAUUCUCAGAAGAGCAUAUGCGCAGCAAAGUGGAGGAGAUUUUUGAAGAGCGGACUGGAUGCAAGAUGGAGAAUCUCAAGGCCGGCGAUCGCGCUCUGCCAGGAAAGUAUUGGUUGCAACAACAAAUUGCCAAAGAGGCCGAAGAGGAAGGGACGUUUCGAUGGGAGUACUAUGUCGAUGACGGAGUGGAUGGUAAGCGCAAAGGGUGGCAUCCGUAUGAAGAUGAAGCCUCAGAGGAGGUUGAAGAGCUCUACUUGCAACAUGUCGCCAACGAAAAGGAGAGUCGAACCGCAACAAGAGUGAUUUCUUCAGGAUACUUCUCUUACAAGGUUGAUUUGCAGCGCAUGACGCAGCAGAACACCAAGACUGGCAAGGUUCGGACCAUUCGACGAACGGCUUCAGCCAAGGCUUCGAAGCCUCUGCCGAAAGGAUCGAAAGUGGCCAAGAAGACCGUGAAGAAGUUGCCUUCGAAGAGGGUGAAGAAGACAGUGUUGAAAAAACCAGCCGAGAAGGCUAUGAAGUCAAGGGUGAAGGCCAUGAAAGCCAAGUUGACCAAGAAAGCCAGUCCGAUUGCUUCAGGAAAGUAUGCGAAAUCAAAGGUGUGGAGUGGGAAAAAAGCAAAGACAUCAACUGGCUUGAAAAAGGCAGACUUGAAGAAGAAUAAGGAGGGAAAACUUGUGAGCAAGAAACAGUCUGAAGCUGGGAGGAAGGCCUUUGCACACGUUGCUUGUUGGAUUGCAGCCUGCAAACAAGCCAGAGCUGAGUUGGGCAUCACCGGCUUUGUUGCAGUGAAGAAGGGCACUCCCUUGUACGAGAAGGCAAAAGCUCUGCACCCAACAGCGAAGCCACACAUCCUUGAGGGGAGGAAGUAG